CAGCAGCGAAGUACAACUUUCUAUUUUCUAUCUACAACUAGCAUCUGAUCCUUAAUAAACAACUUCGAUUUACAUUAAAAAAGAGGACAUCGUACUCUAUUUGGUAGAUAAUAAACGGUAAAGUAGUACAUACGAAAAUACAUUUUUGCUGUGUUUAAUGUUCAACGGUAAAAUUGUCCCGAGGAAGAACGGAAUCGCGUUACAAACACACGUGAACCGAAAGUGCGGGGACUAAUAUAAAAUUAGAUGGUUACAGCCGUUGUUCAUCAGGUUACACUUAACUUAGUUCUUAACUUAAAAUUUAUUGAAGAACUGCUGCAUACUAGCUUAGAAGGUUUCAACGCAAGUGCACAACAAUUCUGUGUAUAUAGAAGCAGGGCGAUAAAUAUCUUUACUGAGAGUGUUAGUAAUUUAUUUUCAUGUUUAGACAUUUAAUAAUGUUUACAAACAGAACUCUUUUAAAACAAAGCAAUCUACUAAAAGUAGUAGAAUUAUUACAAACAACUAUUGCGAUAUGCGUGUCUCAUGACCAAAAAUUCAGGUAAUUAUGAAAACGUUCAGUCAGGGAAAUUGGAUUCCUAUGUUUCAGUUCAGACAUUCUGAUCCCUAAUUGCUUAAAAUCGAACAAAUUUACGGUAGGCUAACAAGGACAUAAACUAAAUUAAGUUGUCAAACACUUGUUGUUUUGAUCAGUAUCAAUAUACUCGCAUACAUAGGCAUUUGGUAAACGAUGCAUACAUUUGUUAAAACUCAUACAGACCUAAAAUCAAAAUUGACUCCCAGUCAAUUUAAGAAAUAGUAUUUGACGUCGUAAAUUUCUCAUUAGCCUAUAUAACCUUCUGUGCAUAACAGUAAACGCAAAAUUAUUAUAAAAAGCUGCUGCUCUGUGAGAUACGGUUGUUAGUGGGUGAAUCAUCUUGUUGACAAUGCAGCAUAGCAACGACUACAGUUAGGCAAGGUAAAAUUAACAUAGAAUUUUCUUUAUAGGAAGCACGCGCACAAUUAAACAUGCUUACGGGAGCAGAUGUUCGAUAUGAUCGACCGUUGAAUGGCUCGCCCAAACACAGGCCAUUGUAUAUAUAUAUAUAUAUAUAUAUAUAUAUAGUUUAAUAGUAGAUUCUAGCUAACGUUUAUUGACAAAUCUAAUCUUCAGAAGAUGCGAAUCGUACCGCACGUCAGGCUGUUUCGAGGCGCGUAACAUAAACAUAACAAGGCUCAUAUUCUAAACGCGUUUUUUGUCACGCUUGGAUUGCGUAUUACUUAUUCAUAGUUAGGUUCACGAAAUCGAAUACUUAUUCAUAUCGUAAACCAGUCACUUGUUAGGUUCCAGCAAAGAUAAACAUUUCUAGGCAUUUAUAUUACUGGGCGGAAUAGAGAAUUUAUUAUACACUAACAAGGCAAGGGUUUCCAGGCGCGCAGGUACAGAAUCGUCCGUUGUUCUCGUUUUUCACCAAAACAGAAAUCGGAAACAACUAACUUCAUUUGGACCUUACAAUAUGCUGCAAACACAACUUUACGUUUUGUUUUCGCAGCCUAUAGUGAGUCAAAAAGCCACACGUGCGCGAGACAUGUUUGAAUAAGGUCGAUGUUGUUUCAGGUUAAUCUUCCUCCAUGCAUAAAGGGCGAUGAUGUUCGAGGAGUACCUGGCGCCGGAAGGCUGAUUGGCCGGUAGCCUAAGGCAUGCAUCCGUAAGACGUAUUCCGGCCAUGCUUGGCUGUAGAGACCCAGAUCAGAGCGCAGGCAACUCUUCAGUUCUGAUUGACCCGUACCGCUAAAUGCUGAACUGGUACAAUCUGGCGAUUAUGCAUGUGAUAGGCUAAAGCAGGCUGCUAGGGAUCCUGCCAUAAGCGUCCUCCUCUGUAGGUAACCAGUCAAAACCGUGUGGCCGCCGAAUCAAGAGCGGAGCGCUAUUUCGCGCUCUGUAGAGGCGCGUGAGGAAUGUGGAAUGCUCGAAAAGCACUCGUGGCAUUUAAAAAUAUGCCAUGGGAAUGCCCUAGUUUGAAAAGGGUUUCCGGAUUUUUGACUUUUUAGAAUACUAUUUUGGUUUUUCGCAAAACAGUUGUAGCUAUCGUAGAUAGCAAACAAUACACUAGCUGUGAAAAGGUGGUUCUUGAAAACAUCGCGUGGGAAUAAAAUUCCAGGCAUUUCAUCGUCUGUCUUUGUAGGAUAGCUGUCGGAAGGAUCGUGUGUUAAAGGUAGCAUUCCCUUUAAGAGUCAACGUGUAAUACCUAUUGACAUAGACUGCUUAAAAUACCUGCAUAACACACAUUGUUGUAAAGUAUAAAUGUUGCACAACGCUAUCGUAUUUACCGACGAUACUGCCGCAUACCCUUCAAGACAUUUUUCCUAUUUUGUACUUUUUGUCAACUAGUAUGUAUCUGUUGCACCCCCUACAAAACCGUCGUGGAAUAACCUUUUGGCAUUUCGGGUGCACUAACAGCGUCUAGACACAAACAUGAUUGCUGUUCCUAAGCCGACAGUUGGAUGUGGUGAACAUUCUGCUUAGCUGGCAGGCGAUUCGCCCUCUACAGAACAUCUUUCCUCUAAGCGGAGAGUGUUGGAGGCUCCGUGCACAAUAUGGCUGGAAGUUUUCUGGAAUCCAUGUAAGAGCUAAUAUUGAACCGUCUGGAAGAUCGCACCAGAAAGAAACGGCCAUCCGGGGAAAUGGCGUUUUUGGAAGGGGUGAAGCGGUUGCCAGUCAGGUAAUGCGACCAUGUUGUUUAGUCGAGGGUGUAGCACCUUACAGUUCUCUUCAUAAAUCUCACAUACAUGGAUAUAUUGUUCCCGAAAAACAAAACAAAAAAAACGCGUAAUAUAUCGUAAAUAUAUAUAUCUUUGGUAUUUACACUUUAAAUUACGCAAUGUAUCGCAUGCGUGUUUGAAGCAUGUUUUUUGGUGUCGUUAUUAUCAUUCAGACGUGACUGCUGCUCUUGCUGAUCAGAGAAAGCCUUAAUCCAAUAUAGCAGAGUAAAAUAAGACGGUGUACAGUAAGUAGAUUAGCAUUUUUCCUUAAAAAGUUUGGAACCUGCUAUUUUAGAAUAGUUUGUCGUUUCGAAUUAGGAAAGAGAUGUAGCCACAAAUGCAGGCUUUGUCCACCCUUUAACUCUUGAAAUCAGAUAAUUACACGGGCGUCUUUGGAUGUGAUUCAUGAUCAAUUAUCGUGAAAGAAUCGGAAGCACGGGUAAUAUCAUAUCGCAUACUCCCCUUGUAGCUCUAGUUUCGUGUCAGGACCGGGCUCCGCUUACGAUGGUAACACUGAAAAGUAUCUUGAUGUUGAGUCGCAGGGCGCUUCGGUUUGUCAUAUUUGCCGACAGAGAAAAUGCCAAGGAGCUCAACACGCAAAUUUCCCGAUUUCCUCGACGAAUUCGCGCGCGAGCCGAGUUUUCCAUACUUCCGGUCGAAUUUCCUGCCAGCGCUCGGGAGUCUAAGGCGAAGGACAUUGCUCGAAGGAGCAGAAUAUCAGCUGCACAGGGUCAAGCAAUGCCCGAUGUCGGCUCAGAGUGGCAACAGCUCUUUAAACCAUGUUCCGCUCAGCGACUUUUUCUACCAGAUCUUCUUAAGACUGAAGAUUCAGUGCUGUAUGUGGACACUGAUACCGUUUUUCUCCGUCCGGUUGAACAGCUUUGGAACAUUUUCGGAAGAAUGAACGAAUCACAAAUCGCAGCCGCGGCUGCCGAAAGCGAGGAUGAAAAGUCAGGGUGGUACUCCCGGUUAGCUCGGCAUCCUUACGUUCGACCUCGAGGGGUAAAUUCGGGUGUGAUGCUUUUGAACCUUACACGGCUCAGAACUUUCGGCUGGUCUCAGAGGGUAGCGUCAGUGUAUGAGCAAUGGCGUGAGCGUGUCGUCUGGGGAGAUCAAGACAUUAUUAAUAUUGUUUUCAGCAAUUAUUCCGAAGUUGUGUAUAUUUUGCCCUGCGAGUGGAAUUUUCGUCCAGAUCAUUGCCAAUAUUCAACUUCCUGUCGAGGCGCCAAUCGACAAGGACCCGGAUUGUUACAUGGAAGUAGGGCUGUGUUCACUAACAACAAACAGCCCGCUUUCCGGGCCAUCUUUAAAGCGUUCCAACAGUUUACAUUUCGGAAGAAAACCACAAAAUUGAAAUCUAGGCAAAUAACAAAAUCAAAUACUCCGAUCAGCGUGGUCCGCGCACAUAAUUCUAUUGCUAAUUACAGAGACAAAAGGCAAUUGUCUACAAAUAUAGCCUCACCGGCAGAUGUCGUACGUACAAUAAAUGGUAGGCGCGACGGGAGCGAUGCUAAAAAUGUACAACAUCGUAAAACUGUGAAUUCGCAUAAGGUACGCGACUACGGAGGAAAGUACUUAAAAUUCAAUAAAGUUGCAAUAAAGAGUACCGACUACGACUACAUUGCAGAGGAAAGUUUCGCUCAAAAUGGGGAAAAGAAGGGCAGGCAACUAAAUGCCAAAGAAGAUGACUUUAGAGAAAACCAAAUCGUGAUAGCGGAUGAGGAUGACCAAUUGUCAAUCAAAGAACGAUUGAUCAAUCCUCUAACGAUUGGGAUAUUUGAAACUGUCAACACGCGAUGUGGCCGCUUCCUCAAAGCUCAUACCAAACGAAUUACUCGAGCAUUGCACGCCAGAGCAGCGGACCUUUGACCUAAAAAAAAGUAAUAUUUUUAUUAAAAUGCUUCACUGUACCAGAAAAUUCUAGUUUGUAAGUCAGGUUGGCGGGAUCUAACCUCGGUUGCGCCAAGCUAAGUGAGCAAGCAUACUGAAGAGACGAACGCAUCUUGUGCGACAAAUGACUUUAUAUACGAAAAAAAUUACAACACCUGAUUGAGUAGGCUUAGGACUGACAUGGAAAUGCUGUAAGUCUAGAUUCACCUCACUUAGGUAUCAAUAGUAAUAUAAAGGCUAAAUAAUUAAGCUGAUUUGGGUCUUACCUUUAAACCCAAUAUUGUUUCUAUAAAAGUGUUUGCAACUCGCAUAGGUCUCAUCUACGCAAAAAAUCGAAUUAGCGAAAGCGGAAACCAAACGAAAAGAAGGACUAUAAAAAUAAGAGCUUCGGUUUCAAUAUGAAAAAACCGAACAUAUUUACAAAAUGUCAGCCAGAGGAGAAGAUGUACAGCAAACUCAGUACAGCAAACGUAAAUGUAGGAAAGUUUACAAAAAUGCUUGUACAGUUUUUUAGAACGCUGAUGUUUGUAUAAUUUUAUAAAACCCCUAAAAUCAGAUCUGCAAAUUUCUUACAGAAGAGCAGUUAAUUUUAGUGAAUAAUGACUGAAAUAAAUAAAUAUGGAUAUCAGUUUUCCGCAAAGAACACCUAAAAAAAUCGUUUUAAAGAAAAACGAAGUACUUGAUGCAGUGUGCGUGUUGGCUUUGAUUAGUCUAUUUCGAAGAUUUACGAAUAGAGCUUGUAGAAACAGUCACAUCCGUCACAGUGAUAAUCGUCAUAGAAUUAGUAAUUCACAGUGAAAAAAAAUAAAACAGAAGUACUCAACGAUUGUAUAUACAAGUGUGGUCUCCCUAGCGAAAGUGGAGAUUGAAAUAAGGUUAAAAAAUACUAUGUAAAUAAUUGUAAACAAUCACCGAAUGAACGUAUAUGAUAUUAAUACAAUUUGUACUGAAGCUAGUCUGAUAUAAGAGUGCCA